AUGGUGUUUUCAAAGAGAAAGAUGAAGCAGUUCCUGGCGUUCGGAGUGACGAUCGUGCUUGUGAUUUGUUUGUACAAAUCAUGGGGCAGUCCGACUAACGGGGUGCAACAUUACGGUGUAGCCUACGAUGACGGUGAUAACAGUGUCGUCAGUGUUGAUAACGUGGCUGCUGCCGGGCCGGAAAAUGAACGAGUCGGACUCAUGUUUCCCGCAGUCAACCGUCGACCAGAUCUCAAGCAACACAACAGCAUUGACGACGGAGGUGGCGAAAAAGUGGAAGAGCCCCGUUGGUCGGUGGCGAACGACGAUGUACGGAUGCUGAAGCAACUCCAUCGACAGCCGGUUCGGAAGGGUGCAAAUGCGGGAUUUGCGCCAUUGGAGGAAGCCGAGGCCGAACGUGAGACCCGCCUGAACGAGCUGCACGAGGCUAAGCGACAGAUUCUGGAGCUCGAACGGAAAAUACAGGAGCUCGAAGGCCGAAUCCCACGAAAAUAUCCCGAUGUUACAUUUUUAAACUACAAAAAUCGCAAACGGAUACUGAUAACGGGCGGGGCCGGUUUUGUCGGAUCGCACCUGGUCGAUUACCUCAUGAUGCAAGGCCACGAGGUGAUUGUGGCGGACAACUUUUUCACGGGCCGGAAGCGCAACGUCGAACAUUGGCUGGGCCACGAAAACUUCGAGCUGAUCCACCACGACAUCGUGAACCCGUUGUUCAUCGAGGUGGAUGAGAUCUACCACCUGGCUAGCCCGGCCAGCCCACCGCACUACAUGUACAAUCCGGUUAAGACGAUCAAAACCAACACGCUCGGUACGAUCAACGUGCUCGGAUUGGCGAAGCGCGUCGGCGCCAAGGUGCUGAUUGCCAGUACGUCCGAAGUGUACGGAGAUCCUGACGUUCAUCCGCAACCCGAAACCUACUGGGGUCAUGUCAACCCGAUUGGACCACGGGCCUGCUAUGACGAGGGCAAACGCGUAUCAGAAACGCUCAGCUACGCCUACGCCAAGCAGGAGAAAGUGAACGUUCGCGUAGCGCGGAUAUUCAACACCUACGGGCCGCGAAUGCACAUGAACGAUGGGCGUGUUGUGUCUAACUUUAUCAUCCAGGCGCUGCAGAAUCAGUCCAUUACGAUCUACGGAAGCGGUAAACAAACGCGUUCGUUCCAGUACGUAUCGGACCUGGUCGAUGGACUGGUGUCACUGAUGGCAUCCAACUACACGCAGCCUGUGAAUUUGGGUAAUCCGGUUGAACGCACGAUCCAGGACUUUGCCGAGAUCAUACGCGACCUGGUGGGCUGCAAGAGCAAAAUCAUCGAGCUUCCAGCCGUCGAGGACGAUCCCCAGCGUCGAAAGCCAGACAUUUCGCGUGCAAAGAAACACAUAAACUGGGAGCCGAGGGUUCCCCUGCAAGAUGGGCUCAUGAAAACGAUCGACUACUUCCGAAAGGAGCUAGCACGUUCGAACCAUUCGCAACGGAACAUAUUUGUACCCGAAACGACAGAGUUCCACAGCCUGCUUUGAUCGUUUGUGGAGUGCGAUCCGGAUAAGGGCCUCUGACCUGGAUACGUGAGAUUUAAUCCUUCCAGUUUUUUUACAGUCAGACAUCCUGUAAAAGUCAACCCGAGGCGGGGAAGGUUUUGCUUCCACAUUGUAGAUACUGAAACAUGGGUCGAUUGGUGAAAAUGUCUGCAUUAAACAGCGUGUGCAAUAAGUGGUUUGGAAUAUUGUUUGGCAAAAGAGUAAAUUAUUUCGUUCCCGACUACAUGCGGCGUAUCCGUUCGAGUAAUUUCAUCUUCAGAACAACUGGUGCUGCUGUUCGUCGUGAAAAAACUUCAGACAGAUAGUUAUACACGUUUGAAUCAGCAGCAAAGUUAUAACAUCUUCAAAUGUAUCCUUUUACAUUGAAAUGCCUACUGUCGCACAAAUUUCCUCACGUUAAGAUUAAAAUAUCUAGAGAAGCGAAUUUCUGUAGUUUUUCAAGGUACAAUCAAACGAUUCUCUUUCUGAACAAACAGACCUCGAAUGUUAUCUCACAUGUGAAAGGAAUGAAUAAGUUGCUCUUUUUAAAGACCAUGUGUUGUUUUUUAAUGUAAAUACUAUCUAGUCCGGUUUUUUUUGUGAAAUAUGAAACAUGAAUUGCAUUUUGAGUUGGCUUUCUGCCUCUUCGGUGCUAGAAAAAACAGAAUCUGUUAAAUAUGUAUUUGAU